CAUCAUACACUGUUCAAACAACCCAAAACAUUCUCCAAGAAGGAAACCAAACUUAAAAGCAGAUAUGUCUGGAAUCAAAGGAAAAUGUGUUGUCCAGAAGAUUCAAUGCCAAGAUCCAUGCAACCCUUGCCAAAACGUAGUAGUCUGCAAAGAUCCAUGCCAAGAUCCAUGUAAACCUCACCACCACCACCAUGGCACCGUCCAUGUUCGCCAGCAAGAUCCAUGCAAUCCAUGCAAUCCUUGUGUUGUCCCCUGUUGUCCUGAUCCUUGCGACCCUUGCCAGGGCCAAGGGCGUUUCUGAUGUGAUAAAUGAAGACGUCAUGUUUGUGUCUAAAAUCUGAGCUACUCAUUUACUUCUCUGCAAAAUAAACCACACUCCUCUCAUUGUAUGAUGUUAAAUACUGCAUCUUUUUGUCUCUGGUUAAAUGAUCCUACUCAAUAAAAAAUCUUAGCAACUGA